GUACGUUUUCUAAUUUUUAUUCUAUUUACCAUUUUUUUUUGGUUUUUUGUCUAUGCUGGUGCCAGACCCGACCCGAAUCAGAACCCACCCGCUGUUAUUGUUCACAUCCAUGCCUGCCACGGAACCGCACUGAUUCAAACCCACAUAAACCCUAGUGAAGAGAAAGACAACGGGAAAAUCUCGACGCCCUGUUGCCAAACUGCUUCUCGCUUCCAACAAUGGUGUACAUAGAAUCUUGGGACGAGUUCGUGGACCGAUCUGUUCAAUUGUUUCGUGCCGAUCCAGACUCUACUCGGUAUGUGAUGAAGUACAGGCACUGUGAUGGUAAAUUAGUGCUGAAAGUCACUGAUAACCGCGAGUGUCUCAAGUUCAAGACAGACCAGGCACAGGAUGCAAAGAAGAUGGAGAAGCUCAAUAACAUAUUCUUUACUCUGAUGGCUAGGGGUCCAGAAGUGGACAUCUCAGAAGUUACAGGAAAAGAAGCGAUGGAAGUACAGCCUGCCAAGAAAGGAAGAGGAAGGAAACAGUAAAUUUAUUGUUAUCACACAGAUUGGCGGCUUUGAUCAAUAAUUCAGGGUUUGUGAAUUAUUUGGGAGAUUUGUAUUUGUCAAACCAUUGGAUUUUAAUAGCAGAUAUUUCUUUUGCCAA